AUGGGCACCGGGAUUCCGCAAGAGGCCAUAGGUGCUUCUGCUGCCGUCCUGACAUACUCAUCUAUAUGCCUCAUUUUGGUCACCUUACUCAUUUGUAUGCUAUGGACCUAUGGUGAAAGAUGGACCUAUGUGACAUUCCUCGCAAAGUUCUCUGCUUUAAGCACACUUGGAUCUAUCGCACAGCAGAUACAUUAUAAUCGCUCUUGGCUCAUAGUUAAGCAUGAUGCUUAUGCGACGGCUUUAAAAGCUGUAGACACACCAGCUUUGGGGCUUUCGGGUGUGGGAAAUAAUGUGGAUCUUGUACUAUUUACAAUUCAAUUCUAUUGUUAUAAUGUUAUGGCUUUAAUGGUGUUAUUCUGGGCUGUCAAACUUUUCUGUGGUUCCUGGGAAAUACGUGCGAACUUCCUUGGUAGCUGGCUACGAGAACACAUAUCUUUCAUAUCCAAGAUAUUUGCAAUCAUCGUGCCCGGGGUUUUAGUGGGCGUAGGGCAUGCUCCGGCUGUGCUAAGAAGCCUCGUGGCGGCUUUCAUUCUAAUGAACUCCACAAUGCUCAUAAGCUUGUCAACCGGCAGUAUCCUCAUGGUACUUAUUCUUUAUAAAUAUAUCAAAACACGGCGACUUCUGUUUGCACACGAAAAGCGUAAUGGGUGGUGGGCUUCAAGCGGUACAGCGACUGCGACUGACACAACGGGUACCGGCACUGGGACUGGGACUGGGACUGGGACUGGAACUGGAACCGGUCAAUCUAAUGCCAACAAUCGCAAAUUAGCUCGUCGCUCUGUAUACGAUCGUGCACUUAUUACCCGGUUUACGAUUGGAUUUGUUAUUAUUCUGGCUCUCGAAGUUGUAUUAAUCAUUUUUUCUCUAUUCUCCGAACAAAACUUUCAAAAACUUGCGAAAUCGUCAUCUCCCGACUUCUCGAUAUCUAGCUGUAUUACAGAUAUUAUUCUCUUCAUCCCCGGAGUCACCGCGUCACUCUUAGUGUUUCUCGUUUUCGGAACCGCCAAAUCUUUCACGCAAUAUAAAGAUUUGAUCCUUAGUUGCUGUGGCCAGCGUACGAAAUUUCCUAAAAGCAAAAGAAGAGGUGUUAUGAGAUCUGGAGAUGAGGAACAGGGUACCGAAUUUCAAAGAUUACCUAGUAUGGGAACAAAGGUCGUCACGCCUGAAGAACGAGCUGUGCUGGAAGCGAAAAUGCGAGGCAUGUUACCUGACCAACGAACAUCCGUCGGGACACAAUAUACAGAAUACACGACACAAACAGGGAAAAAAGGACCAGAAUCGUCAGUAUACACUCAUACACGAACUUUAAGUCCAAUAACAGCCAACUUUAAUUUCAGUCUUCCAGCUUCAGCCAGAAACGCAUCUCGACCCGGGAUACGCCAAGACGAACGUGAUGCAGGGGAAGCGUGGGCUAGACAAAAUGAUUUGGAAGUUGGCCUGGCAUUGGAACAAGAGUGGAGUGAUAACAGCCUUGGAAGGGAAAGAGAUUCGGCAGGAAAUACAACUGUGGGAAAUACGACAAUUCUUGAUGAUAUCGACCUAUUGUCUCAUCGGGAUUUCAUUCUGGAUGAUAGUGAUGAGCAUGAGGGAUGGACGAGAUGA